ACACCGAUUUGGGUGAUCAGUACGUCCCAAUACAUUCAGUCUGCAACAUGUCUUUUCUCGAUGCCACCCUUAGCGCUAUCGUCGUCGGUGCCCUGUGGAUUUUGAUUUUGGCGCCAGUCGAUCAGAUCCAUGGAACACCAAUGGGGGCUCCUAUUUCUGCCUGUGAAACCAUGACACCUGCCCAUGGAUACGACGCCCAAAAUUCGGCAUCCCCCUUCAAAACGGAAAUUCCAACUGGGGAGACCGCCUUCAUGGACGACCCCGUCCAUCUGGAACUUCGCAGUCUCUCAUCCGGAACUUAUUUCAAAGGGUUCCUUAUUAUGGCGUUCGACAAGGACGACACUUCGGCCACACCUAAACCCAUCGGCACUUUUAAAUUGAUCGAAGGCAGCGAUGGUCAACUCAUGGAUUGUUCCGGCAAAGUAUCGACCGCUGUUACGCACACCAACAAUGUCGUGAAGAAUUUGGUGAGGAUCGACUGGCAACCACCCAAGUAUUACAUGGGUACAGCCAUCUUCAGGACCACCUUCGUCCAAGACGUUUCCACCUUUUGGGUCAAGACGGAGUCGAUUUCUGUCACUUUUGUGAUGCCCGACGGGAGCACCCACGAUCCCAUGAAAGACGUUUGAUUUCUCUUGCUGAAAUAAUCGUCCAUCGAACACUAAUAAUUGAAUUGCAAUAUCACACAUGGGCAAAUGGAGUUAAUUGAUGGAUAGAAUAUACACACCAGCAAUAGUUUGGCAAAACAAAAAAAGCAAUUCAUUCUUUUUAAAUAAUGAUGCAUAAAAUAAACUAAAUUCCGGUUAGUUGCGUUUUGAAAAAUUAAAACAUGAAAAUCUAGAGAAAUAACUAGACACUCGGGAAAAUCCCUAUAAAACCCAUAAACUAUUUGAUUAAAUAAGGAGACAAAUAAAAAUGAGCUCCAAAAAUA